GUUUGCAGAUGAGCAAAAGCGGCUCACUACCAAGAUUUGCGGACGAGUUCGAAGACGAUGACGAUAUCGAGUUAGUAGAAGGCGCAGAUUUUGGCAAGAACCUUCGAAGUUUCGGUAUUCGUCUUGCUAUUUCUUUGGUUUUAAUUGGAUGUGUAGCUGGAGCUGUGAUUUGGUCUUUUGUACAGGGGGAAACUGGAACAGGUACUCCUGAUAUUCAUCAUCGCGAUGCAUCCAAAAAUUUUUCCAUUUUCAUCGACCAGUAUUCCCAGAAAGAAGGGCUCUAUAUCACGACAUACCGACUUCCGGAAGGAUCGAGCGAUGAAGAACCAAAACAAGAAGAAUACCAAUCAUUCUGGUUUCAAAGCGACACUAAUAAAACACUAGCACAUCAAAUCACUCCUACGGUAACAAUUUAUGCUUUUGAGCAUCAUGCCUACUGGUACGAUACUUCUGCAAACCCAGCGAAAUGCACAUUCGAUCCUAAAAUGAACUAUUUGACAUACAUAAGAAACCUCGGAAUGACCAAUCUUGAAAGACAUCAUUCGGAAUAUGAGGAAACACACAACGGUGAAAAGGUUUUCGUGUAUCAAGGAAAUCCGAAUGAAGUGCUGUUAACAAACGUGAAUCAAACUGCAUUUUUGAUAACUGCUUACGCAGAUGCUAAAACUGGCGCUCUUCUCGCCUGGGACACCUACUUCACUUCUGAAACGGAUAGCAGUGAAAUGGUUUUCAAGGCGUCGUAUGAAUAUCCACACAUGAUUCCAGCAAAACCAGACCCUUCUUAUUUAGUUACUCCAACCGAAUGUUCACCAUAACAUGAAAACAACUUUAAAUAUUUUCAUGAAAUGUUCUUUCAGAUAUAUAAUAAGCCCGGAAAUGUAGGAAUAAAAAUAAUAAAAAUUUAUAUUAUUCUUAUUUUAUUUUUUCCCUUUUAAAUUGAUGGUAAAUGAACGGAU